ACAUUGUCCCUCUCGUAGAAGAGGAGGCAAAACAAAAACGCACUUCCAUUCCUCACUCGUUUUUGUCUCGCAGUCUCUUUAAUUUCCCUGGUCGGUCGCGGCAAGCUUGUUUCGGGAAGAGGAAACGGAGCAUGGGGAUCCCAUCGGAGAUGAGAGAUUUCUGGGCCAACGGCCGGAGGACGAAUCCGUUCCCGAUCGCUUCUCCGGCCGAAGAGCGGAGGAUCCAAGCCGCUCGAAAUUGCACUCAAGAGGGCGUCCGUGCUGGAGCGAAGGCAGCUGCGAUCGCGUGCGUCGCCAGCGCCGUGCCUACGUUGGCUGCUUGCCGAAUGGUUCCUUGGGCAAAGGCGAACCUAAAUUAUACUGCACAGGCACUCAUCAUAUCGGCAGCUUCAAUUGCUGCCUACUUCAUCACUGCUGAUAAGACGAUCCUAGAGUGUGCAAGGAGAAAUACACAGUACGACAAAACAACCUGAGAGCGAGACAACUCUAGAUGUGAUGGUUUGUUAAACCCUGGUGCUUGUGUUAAUCAAAAGAUGGUGCAACUUGCUCUUGGGAAGCUCAUGAGUAUCUGUUGCUAUGUACUGGGAGUGUUUUCUUCUGGCCAGACUGUAAUAACAUAGGGCAGCCACACUUAAGCGGGGAAAGAAUCAAUUUUUGGGUGAUUUGCACGGUGAAUUUCUGUGCAAUGUUGAUUUUGCACUCCGAAAGCUUAUUUUUCCACA